AUGUACAGCGUUAGCUUACCCGACGGCACGAAGCUGUUCGUCAAAAUCGUACCUAUCAAAAUGUGGAACUAUCAAUGGACUCAAGAGGAUCAGUGGGAAGGCGAAUUCACCACGGACGGCGAGAAUUUUGUCAUGGAGGCAGCCGCUUUGGCAUUCUUGCACGAGUAUGCGCCAGGAAUUGCUCCGAAGCUGGUGGCGAUUCUUGAGCUAUCCGGCGCCAUUUCCCCAGGCUCCUCAAAGCGGUCUGCAGCAUCGACGCGGCCAGGCAACAUACGACGGUCGGAUGACACGGUGACACACAUCGCCAUUGUUUCUGAGCUGUAUGGAGAGGACCUACUGGACUACUUGGACCGACGAGAUAGGCGCAACAAACCUUUGAGUGAGGACGAGAAGCACGCGUUGCAGAUCGGUUGCGUGAAGUUGUUGCGGCGGUUGCACGAUGUUGGGUUGGCGCACCUGGACUUUACGCCGGAGAACAUUCUGGUGGGGCACGGGGGGUUGCGUUUGUGCGAUUUUGCCAAGUCGACCCCGUUGAUGUCCUCGAAGUUGCGGCACGUGCCGGUGGAGAUAAUGGGUGGGUCUGGGGCGGGUGUGUUGGAGAGCACGAUAUUGUACGAGUUCGAGUCGUGCGAGCCGACGGUGGGGAAGGGUGCGUACAUGCCUCCGGAGUGUUGGUCGAUUUACUGGCGGUUGGAGACGCAGCGGAUUUUACGGCCGUUGGAGGACUUGAAGAGCUUGCGGAGUUCGGCGGAGCGCGUAUCUUAUUACUUCAAGGCGUCGUGUGCGGACGUGUACAUGGCGGGGGUGGUAUUGUUCUGGAUCUGGAGCGACGGCGGGAUCUGGAAGUGUUCAGACGCGAAGCAGGACGACAAGUACUACCACUUGCUGAAGGGGGACAUGAACUUCGACCUGUUUCGGGAGUGUCGUGCGUGGCCGGCAGCACUCAAAAGCUGUCUGCAAAAGACCCUCACACACGAACCUUGGCGAAGACACACACUUCCUGAACUGCUAGCUUGCUCCUGGAUCGCCGACUUCGCCGACCCCCACGCCUACCUAGAAGUCUACUCACCCCGGAAUCCCCAACGCGAAGAUCCUCCCCAACGGAACAGCCGCCGCCCCUUUUAG